AUGUAUCGCUCAUCAUCACCCAAUGGUGCUUCGUCUAAUAGUGGCCAAAGUGCUACCUACCCUAUUGACAGUUCUAAAAAUCGCCCUUCAUCAAAUUCUUUUAUCAAAGCUCAUAAAAACAUAUCUUUCUCCUUUUCUGAAAAUUCUACCACUUUUCAACACGGUGCUCUUGGCGAUUAUGAUACCUUUCUAGUUGGAACCCUUCAUUUAAAUUAUCCAAAAGCUUGCUCUAUAAAAAAUGUAAUCCUAAAAUUUAAGGGAAUUGAGAAAACUUAUUGGACUAAAGCUCAGGCUAGAACAAAAGUUGUUUAUACCGGUGAAUAUACAUUUGUCGACCAAUCAAAUAAGAUAUGGGAAGCUUUCGAAGAUUCUGCUGAAAUUCAAUCUCUUGAUAUUCCUUUCAAGGUUCAACUUCCUUACAAUUUGCCAGAAUCUAUAAAUACUGAUUUAGGUUCUGUUCGUUACGUCCUUUGUGCUACUGUUAAUGUUAAAGGUUUGUUGGGAAAGAGCUCUCAUGUUGCAAAGUUACUUUGUCCUCUAAAGCGCAUUUUUACUUUGGAUCAUACUUUAUCAUCUCCUUACAAAAUUUGUGGUGAAUCACAAAGUGGAAUUGAAUAUACUUUUAUGUUACCUCCGGGUAAACAAUUAAAUAUCGGUAGUUUCGUUUCUAUUCCAAUGAUGUUACGUUUCUUACGACCUGAUGUUGGUAUAGAAAGAAUUGAAGUUUCUUUAAAGACUUCUAUGGACUUUAAAUGUUCUGAUCACAAUGAAAAACGACAUUUAGAUCAACAGAUCGCUGGACUGGUUAUCUCGCGUUCUGAACUUCGUUAUAUGCAGUCUUCAAUGCCACAUUAUAAUUAUGGUGAAUGUACUCACACUAUCAACCUAUUUAUUCCUCUCUCCGUUCAACCAACUUUUCAAGGAAGGUUCAUUAGUAUAGCUCAUAAAUUAUCAGUAAAUGUUAGUCUUUACGGUUGUGUAAAGGGUUUUAUUAUUGAAGAACAGGUUAAGAUUUCUAAUAUAGUUGAAAAGAAUACUCCCUCUAAACGUCCUUAUUCACCUUUGUCAACUGAUCGUAUGCCAAGUCCUAUUAUGGCUUAUCCUGAAGGUGUUCCAAGUGAUUAUUCUCAAUCGCAUGAUUCUUUUGAUCAGAGUUCUGGUUCUUUCACUUAUCAAUCUCAUAUGGUGAAUCAAGUUCGUCAGCAAUGUAGUCUUCCCGAAUUACCACAAGGCAUUCUCGUUGAUGAUCAUUAUCAAGGACCAUUUCAUUCAUCUUUUGAAUAUAGUCGAAAUUCACCUUUUGACAUUAAUAGUGGUUAUAACCGUAUAUAUGAUGGUUAUAACGUACAAUCAUCAUCAGAUACGUCAAGUCAUAUUUAUCAACCACAUAGUUCUUCUCAACAAUCUCGUUCUGAAAGUUCUGAAACGCCACAAACGCCUCCAAAUGGUUAUUCUGCAACUACUUCUCUAUUUCAUUUGAAUUAA